GUAACAUACAUCCGAACGGAAAUUACCAAGCCUUGUUGAAAAGGAUCCACUUAAGACUCGCUCCCGAGUUAACAACACGCAUCAUUCGUCUUCCCCCAAUCCAAUCUGACCUUGCAAAAGCGAAAAUGGUUUGCUUGGCUUGUUUGUUGCCGCUGUUUCUCGUCCCAAUCGUCAAUUUGUUGCCCGUCCUCUUCGAUAUCAUCAUGGGGAAGGUGUACAGAUUGUUUGGAUGGGAAUAUCGGAAGCCGGUGCGAGCACCUCCCGCUUGUCCUAUGAAACCAUCCGCCUCCAAAACCGGCACCGCCGAUUCAGUUGCAGGUAUACAGAACCAUGGUGCCCCAGAUCCAUCACUAAAGUCGGUUGGAGAAGAUGACGAUAAGCUAGACUAAACUGCACCAAAUUUGGUAUAGUCAUUUUCAUUUAAUCUCUGUUUAAAACUGGUAAAACUGAAAAUAAUAGAUUCUGGUGAGGGUAAAGGUAUGGAUUAUAAAUUUAUAGUCUAUAUUUAUUGUAUCAUAAAACAAACUAUCUGUCGGUUACAAGACAGCCUUGUCUCAUUACUGUUGUGAGUAUCUAGUUGUGUUCGAUUUCAUAUCCUAAGACCUCAAUCUAUAUGAGAGCUAUCUUUUUUAUCGAGAAUCUUAAGACCCUU